AUGCAAAGAGUCAGUUUCCUCUUUAAAUUUAUGGAGAGCAUACUAUGUCUCAUUUGUCUGACAUAUCAUAGCCGAGGAUUUCUCAGUGUCAAUUUUGUGCAAAGUCAUUACAUUUAUUGCCUUGUUUUCGGUGGCUUCACAUUAAUGGCCAUGUGUGGCUGUUUGUCCAUUUGUCUGAAGGAAACUAACAACACAAAUCCUUGGUGGGAAGUUGUAUUAAAUGUGUUGGCUGCUGUGUGUUUCUUCGGAGUUUCAUUGGAUAGUAUGUACCAUGCGGAAAAGGAUUUCUAUUUAACAUACUUAAUAUCGCAACAACAAGACUAUGAGGAUGACGACGAUGAAAACGUGGAUGAACCACAUUCAUUUUUUAAAUACUCAAAAGUUCAGAGUAUUGCAGCUCUUUAUUGUGGCAGUUUAUUUUUAUUACACUCAAUAAUAGCAUUUGAUUUUGCACUUCAUCAACAGCAACAACGUGGUAAUGACGAGGACGACUCAAUGGAUGAUGCAAAUUUCGAUGACCCGGAGGAUAGUAGUCAGCUUGAAUUGUAUGUCUGCGGAAAAGUUGUACACAAGUGGCUGGAGAAAUACGACUGGUUUAAGAAAUUGGACUAA